AUGCUGUCCUCCAGCGACUUUGUGUCAGCCUCUUGGGAGCUUGUGGUCCGAGUAGACAACUCUAGCGGAGAGGAGCCAAGCCCUGUCCCGCUGAGAGUGUCUGGAGACCUGCACGUGGGAGGAGUGAUGCUCAAGUUAGUAGAGAAGAUCAACAUAUCCCAAGACUGGUCAGACUUUGCCCUCUGGUGGGAACAGAAGCGCUGCUGGCUCCUGAAAACACACUGGACACUGGACAAAUGUGGAGUCCAGGCAGAUGCAAAGCUACUCUUCACCCCUCAGCAUAAGAUGCUUCGCCUCCGCCUGCCAAAUGUGAAGACGGUGAGAUUGCGAGUCAGCUUCUCUGCUGUGGUUUUUAAAGCUGUCAGUGAUAUCUGCAAAACCCUAAAUAUUAGAAGAUCAGAAGAACUUUCCUUGUUAAAGCCUUCUGAUGAAUAUUUUAAAAAGAAGAAGAAGAAAGAAAAAAAUAAUAAGGAACCCGUCAUUGAAGAUGUAUUGAACCUGGAGGGUUCUUCAACAAGUUCAGGUUCACCAGUAAGUCCUGGUUUGUACAGUAAAACCAUGACUCCCACAUACGACCCUGUCAAUGGAACACCAGCAUCAUCCACCAUGACGUGGUUCAGUGACAGUCCCCUGACGGAACAGAACUGCAGCAUCCUUGCAUUCAGCCAACCCCCCCAGUCUCCGGAAGCACUUGCUGAAAUGUACCAGCCUCGGUCUCUCAUUGACAAAGCCAAGCUUAAUGCUGGCUGGCUGGACUCCUCACGUUCCCUUAUGGAACAAGGCAUCCAGGAGGAUGAGCAGCUUCUGUUACGAUUUAAAUACUACACCUUCUUUGACUUGAAUCCCAAAUAUGACGCUGUCCGAAUAAACCAGCUCUAUGAGCAAGCACGGUGGGCCAUUGUCUUGGAAGAAAUCGACUGCACAGAAGAGGAGAUGCUGAUCUUUGCGGCAUUGCAGUACCACAUCAGCAAACUGUCCAUGUCAGCAGAAACACAGGAUUUUACCCAAGAGCCCGAGGUUGAUGAGGUGGAAGCGGCGCUCUCUAACUUGGAGGUGGCCCUGGAAGGCUGCAAAGCAGACAGUGCCUUGGAGGACAUCACUGACAUUCCUACACUUGCAGAUAAUCUCAAAUUAUUUAGGCCCAAGAAGCUAAUAUUAAAAGCGUUCAAACAAUAUUGGUUUGUCUUUAAGGACACAUCCAUUGCCUACUUUAAAAAUAAGGAGCUUGAACAAGGAGAGCCCAUAGAGAAGCUGAAUCUUAGAGGUUGUGAAGUUGUGCCAGAUGUGAAUGUAUCAGGGAGAAAAUUUGGGAUCAAAUUAUUAAUCCCUGUUGCUGAUGGCAUGAAUGAAGUUUAUCUAAGAUGUGACCAUGAGGAUCAGUAUGCCCAGUGGAUGGCUGCCUGCAUCUUGGCCUCGAAAGGCAAGACCAUGGCAGACAGCUCCUACCAGCCAGAGGUCCUCAACAUCCUCUCAUUUCUAAAGAUGAAAAACCGGAACUCCACGUCUCAGGUGACGUCCAGUCUUGAAAACCUGGACAUUAACCCAGAAUGCUUUGUGUCACCCCGGUGUGCCAAGAAACACAAGUCCAAACAGCUGGCAGCCCGGAUUCUGGAAGCUCACCAGAACGUGGCCCAGAUGCCACUGGUCGAAGCCAAGUUACGAUUCAUCCAGGCGUGGCAGUCUCUACCCGAAUUCGGCCUCACCUACUACCUCGUCAGAUUUAAAGGAAGUAAGAAAGAUGACAUCCUCGGAGUUUCCUAUAACAGGUUGAUUAGGAUCGACGCUGUCACUGGGAUUCCAAUCACAACCUGGAGAUUCGCUAACAUGAAACAGUGGAAUGUCAACUGGGAAAUCCGGCAGGUGGCCAUCGAGUUCGACCAGAACGUCUCCAUCGCCUUCACCUGCCGGAGCGCCGACUGCAAGGUGGUGCACGAGUACAUCGGGGGCUACAUCUUCCUGUCCACGCGCUCCAAGGACCAGAACGAAACGCUGGACGAGGACCUGUUCCACAAGCUGACCGGGGGCCAGGAGUGAAGCUGAGCCCACCCGCUGGGGCCUGUUCGGCGGGGGCGGGGGGGCGAGCCGAAAGGCGCGGUGCUCCCGGGACAGCUAGGGCCAGGUUCCCGCCCAGGGCGGACCCCACAGUUCCGUGUCCCCCACCCCACCCCGCCCCCUGCCCCCAGAUCCUCGCCUCACUUCAAGCACACCCGCGGGGACGCCCGUUUUCUUACUUUGCUUGAAAAGGGGGCGCCGGUGCCUCUUGUGCCAAGUGGGGGUGCAGAGAAAUCCCAGCCGUCCGAGCACCCCCGGCCCCGCAGGACCCUGCUCUCUGCUCGGUGGCUGGGCUGUGGAGGAGAAGCAGAGUCCAGGACGGAGUUGACUCCAGCGCUGGUGGCAAGAACAAGCGGUUUGGUCCUCACAGUGCUGCCCUCGCUUCAGCCCCACAUACAUUCUUCCCGGAGGGAGGCCCAGGUCUGGGGAUGCAGAGGGCAGAGGUGGGGUUACCUGCUACCAGUUGGUAGGAAGGGGUCCACCGGAUCACCCCUCCCCCCCAUGCCAUCAGCCCGCAGUGCCAUCGUAUCCAGCUGACCCCCUGACCCAUCCUGGUCUCAGACAUGGGUCCCCGGGUGUUACUGCUGUCACCUACACACAACAUUUCUGCGCUUCCUCAAUCACCUGGGAGUCCUUAAGUACAGUGGUAAAGAGGAAAUUCAGUCUCCUCCACCCAGGUCCACUUCUCCCUUGAGGUCACACUGUGCCUAUACCAAGUGUUAGCUGCUGCUGAGUGCAUGAAAACUCAGCCUCUUCUUUAGCUCUUCACAACUGUCUGGCAUUUUCAUGAAAACGCUCCAAGGUCGCGGUCAGAGCAGUAGUCCAGCAGAGAGGGUGUCUGCCUUGCACACUCAGGUUUAACCCCGGGCAUACGUGUGGUCCCAAGCCCACCAGGAGUGAUCCCUGAGCACAGAUCCAGGAGUCAGCCCUGAGUACCACCAGUGUGGCCCAAAAAUGAAAAGGAAAAAGAAAAUAUGCUCCAAGGAGCUGACACUUUGACCAAACAUUCAGCAGAACAACUCUUCCACACUCCAAAGGAAUAAUCCUGGGUGCCAAGGAAGGCUUAAAUGCUGCUAUUCCAAAAAGCAAUAUAAGGAGUUUGUGUUGAAUUUUUGUUUGUUUCAUUCAGUUACAUUGGUGCAAAAGGUCAA